UUCCCCGGUGUUUCGUAUUACUGCAUGUCUAAGGCGGCUAUUGACCAGUUCACAAAAUGUCUAGCCCUCGAAAUGGCGCCACAUGGAGUACGCGUUAAUGCAGUUAAUCCUGGUGUUAUCGUCACUGAGGUCCACAAACGAUCCGGUAUGAACGAUGCAGCCUAUGAAGGGGUGAAGUCUUUUAUGUUCCUCAUUGGAUUUCUGUUCUUUUCUGUGCUAUAA